AUGAAUAACCAAGAAGACAACUUCAUAAAAGAUGAACUCAAAGAAGACGAUGAAAAAGUAAUAACAAAUGCAAAUCAAGGAGAUACUUAUCCGAUCUCAGAUAAUGAAUCAACAAUCGAUUCAACGUCGUUAAUCAAUACAAAUAUUAUGAAAAAUGAGGAUCAAGGUAAGUUAAGAACAUGUCUACGAUUACUAAAUACGAAUCAGAUAUUCGAUUACAUAACUAUCCGCAUCGGAAUAUUGAAAUUCUUUCCUUGUUAUGUAUACCUGAAUGUAUUUUACGCGUAG